AAAACGUAAAAUUGUCUGACGGCAGGUUCUUCUGUCCCUUUGUGAAAAAGUCUGAAAUAUUUCUUGCCAAAGAAAGCCUAAGUAGUAAAACAUACACGCUAUAGAAAGUAUAAAAAGUGAUGAAUUUGUGAGUAAACAAUUUGAGUGAAGAAUCAACUUGCAACGUGUGGAAAAAAGUGAUUUUCGGCUUGUCUGAUUUUACGCCAGCCAUUUUUUCGUGAUUGCUAAUCAACUUUUUGCGUGUGUUCUGCCCAUCUAUCCGUCACUUUGCAAAUAAGUUCAAUAUAUAGGUAUUUUGUGUAAAACAAGCCUUGGUCGGUCGAAAAGGAUAAAGUGGAAAAAAGGUGUUUAGUGUAUGAAGUGCUGGUAAAAAUAGAUUUUAAUAGUGCGGGUGACAUUUUGACUCAAGGACUGCUGACGGGAGAAAGUUGAUUGGCAGGCGAGGAAGACGGAGUCGUGUUUACGGCCCUACAAGCAUUUCGACUGGUAUUCGCUACCUGGAUGUGGGUCAACCGGAACUCGUCACAGCACAAUUGAAAAAUGUCCGAUCAUGUACCACGGCAAGCAGAUGACGGAGACGAAGAAGACUUAGAACUAUUGCGAAUAGCAGCACUCAAAUCGUUGAAUGUUAAAAAGGAACAAACAACGCAAUAUCAUCGAUCACCUUCGUCACGUACAACAAUACAAACUACAACAGCCACUACGCACCCGCCACAUACAAAUUCCACGUCUUACUCAACAAUCCCAGUUAAACAAACAGGCGGUCCGAAUGGAGGUGGUGUUGGGCAUGAAAAUAACAACUUAUUAACGGUGACUUCACAGGCCUAUUAUCCUCCAUCUGUUCAUAACUUGCCUAUACAACAGCCUAGAACGAUACCACCAACAAUAGACAGUUACAGUGCUCGUCAACGUUUAGAACAAUUGGAUUUAAACGAGCCAUAUGUACCACAGCGUGUCCCACCCAUUCCGCCUGUGGGGCAACCCCCCACAAUGGGAGCAAACGGUGGGUGGAUGUCUGAAUCUGCGCCACUGGGGAAUUCAAGCUACGCUUCAUAUAUACCGCAGAAAGUAAAUGAUACUUUGCCAGUAGUAAACGUUCAGCUUUCUCCACGUAGUAUGGCUUUUGUUGCGCAAAAUAAUGACAUUCUAAUGCGGCGGAAGGGUGAAAACAUAUCACCCAACUAUGUAUAUAGAAGUCCUUCGCCCGCAUAUCGAAUUCCGUCGCCUGGGAGAUGGUCAAAAUCUCCAACACCACCAAAAGCGAACUCCCGGUCGCCAGGGCAUCGGGGCCGUGCACCUCAUUAUUCUUCGCAUCGAAGGUCAAUAUCGAGAUCACCUCCUCCGAGUCGACCUCGAUCGCCUCCACUUAGACGCAGAUCAAUCUCACGAUCUCCAUUACCACACCAAGGGCAGCAUCCGUCACGGCACCAAUCACCAAAUCCAUUUCAUCGAUACCCAUCAAGGUCACCUCCGAAUCACAUGCGCCGGGCAAAAUCGCGAUCACCUCUGCCUCACAACAUAAAGCACAAAGUUUCACCCCCACGACGACGAAUAUCUCGAUCGCCACAGCCCCUUAAUGGAAGGCCGUGUUCACGAUCUCCGCCACCAAUGAAUGGCCGGAGAAGUCCUGGUCCGUUACCACGUCACGUUAAUCGGGGUCGGCGGUCUCUGUCGCCACCACAUGUAAGAAAGCGAACGCCACCAGGAAAUCAUGGUUCAGGUGAUGCUCCGCCACGACACCAUUUAAAUCGUGAUAGGCGAUCGCCACCACAUUUGAACGCCCACCGAAGAAGUGCAUCGCCACACCCUCCACUCCCGAGGCAAAGAUCAGCUUCACGUUCCCCUCAUAGACGAUAUCCGGACAGAAAUAGAAAAUCACGCGAGCGUAAUAUUGUCAAUCAACCUCUGCGAAGGCGAUCUCCUUAUACAAACAACCGCAGGCGAUAUGAGACUUCCGGCGCAAAUGGUUUUCGCAAUAAUCCUCGCGGAAGAAAACGAUCUGCAAGUCCUACGAUGAAAGAUCGGCAAAUAAGAAGGUCGCGAACACGAUCUCCUGAUAGAAAUCGACGCCAAAACAAACGGCCACGACGAAUUGAACAUGAAGAUCGGAGAGGGGUUGGUGAAUAUGAUCGAAGCGAUUUGAGGCGAAAUGAUGACAGAAUAUCGAAACAGACUCAAUCUCAACAGUCAGUCCGUAGAGAUCGCGAAGAUGACGAAAUGAAGCAGAAGGAUAUGUCGCCAAAUGCAACACUUCCUGAGUCAGUUCCCCCACCUGCAGAAAAAACAGUGAAAGAAAUAGAAAUCCCAGUAAGUAAAGAAUCUCCUGAACCUGAACCUGAAAACAAAAUUCUAGAACCCGCCUUAGCCCCAAUGGAGGUGGAAAAGGAGGCAUCCAGUGAAGAUGAAGAUGAUGAUGAUGGAAUCGAUUUGUUUGCGUCAGAAGAAAGUGAAUCCGAGAAUGAAGGUCGUUUCAAAUCGAGCACAAGCAAAAAUGAACGUACAGCCCAAGUUCCGACCUUAUCAUUUACAAAAUUGGGAGAGUCAAGACCAGUUGAAGUUAAAGAAUUAACUGAUAUUGAUUCGAAUAGCAAUCGUGACCGGGAUCGCGAUCGUGAUCGUGAUCGGCGUAACAACUAUGGACGAUCACGUGGAAUGGGUGGAGAUCAUUUUCGUGGAACAGAUCGUAUUGGACGCGAUCGGGAUAGACGGAACAAGAAUGAUUUAGGCAAUAAUAAUAAGAGUCGUCGUGAUCGUGAUAGGGAAAGAGGAAGAGAUCGUGAUUGGGAUAGUCCUUUGAGUAAAGUAGUCGAAGAGAAAAAAUCAAGUAGCGGUGCUGAUCGACCAAUGUUCAAGUCGACAUUUCAAGCUCUUGAAAAUGAAGGAAGAUCAAGCAGGAGAGGUUCGCGAGAAAGGGAGUUGUCUGAUCGCAGAAAUUUAUCAAGCAGUAGAAGACGCAAUACUAGUAAGGAUAAAAGAGUUUCACCCGAUAUUGAUCCCGACCAUCUAUCAUCUCACAAUCAUCCUUCAUUGCUGAUCACAUCGACGACGAAUUCAUCAUCUUGUCCAUCAUCUCCGUCUUCACGAGGCAUAAGUGAAAGCGGUGGUAUAAGCGGUAAGAAGCCCAUCCAUCUGCGUCUAGGUGCUAAAACCAACACAUUCAAACCGGCCAAGAAGACAUCAACAUCGCCAUGGAACUCGUCUUCUAGCAACGGCAACACGGAGAAGGUAUCGUUCUUUUCAUAUAUGUUUAAAAAUUUGCUUUCUCAUCCCCCGUCUAGAAUUCGAUGUUAUGAUGUUGAUUUCAGGAACAUAAAAAGUUUCCUACUACUAACUAGCUCUUAUUAUCACUUCUACUACUGCUGCCACUGUUUUGUAAUGUUUAUUCGAUUAACCACGUUAUUGUUAAAUAUGAUUUUCGCCAUUGUUAAUAUAGAGCACAAGAAAAUAAUCGACUUUUGUCGAAUUCUUAAGCGUGAGGUGUUAUAAAAAGUUGCAUUGUCUGAGGAAUGUUUGAUAAUGAAUGAUUUCGAAGCAUUUGAACUGAGCUUGCUUUAAAGUGUAGGGCCCAAGAGAGUCUCUGUGUAAUAAUAAGGAUAGAAAAAGUGGAAUAGUGGAGUAGCGCGUAAGAAAUGGGAAUUUGUGAUACCUGUCAUAGACUGAUCUGUUUAUAUUUGAUGUAUUACUUGACACGAAUGUAGUUGAUAUUUUCAUUGUUUUCAUGAGAUUGAAACUUUUUUGUUAAUCUUUCUGUUGCGAUAUUAUUACUGUGAUCUAGUCUUAAGCCGAAUUAGCACUGAAUAGUUUUAAGUACUUUAGCUUGGAAAGUGUAGAAAGAUUGUUUUUGCAUAUGGACGUUGUCAAAAAGGGAAUAUUUUUAUUUGAUUUGUUCACAGAAAUAUUGAUUGCUAAUUAUUUUAACUGCACCGAAAAGUUAUGACAGCCUGAUUGAAAAGAAAAAGUCAGUUUGGAAAAUUGAAACAAACUUUCUAACUCUUGAUUGAAUUAAAGUUAUAAACAAAUUGAAUCUAGUCAAAAAACCAAACGAGAAUUAGGUAAAAUAUGUUGCUGGUAUCGAUUAAAGUGAAUUUGUUAUUCUAUUGAAAGAAAGCAAGGCUUGUACAUAACACCCCAAUAGCCAUUGACACUGUAAAUUCUACCUGAGAUUUCUGAUCAAAUUAGGUAUUUAAUUUUAUAGUUUUUCCGUUGAAAAUGUAAAUUAUUGUAAGACAUUGUAUUAAUAUGAUUGAAAAAAUAUGAGAAAUGAUGGAAGAAAAAAAAACCGAAAAAGGUAAAAUGAAAAGAAAAAUAUAAAAGAGUCCUUCCAUCAAAACAAAAAAGAAAUAAUGUCCUGGCACCACUGCAACCCAUCGAUAAAUCUACGGAUCUACUGCAGCAGUUGCUCAUCAAUAUAUUCCUAACCAUCUCAAAAACCAACGAAUUGAAAUCCGAUAAUCUUAAGCGCGAAGCAUUUAGUUAUAGUAAUCGUAGUAUCACUAAACCCAAUCUAGAAAUCAGUCUUGAAAACGACACAGUGUAGAAAAAAAAUAAACAUCAACUCAACAGUAGGACAUAAGAAAGCAAACUAGAAUACACAUAAAUCAAUAACGGAUUAAUUUCGUGGAGAACUUGGCAAAACUGAUAUUUAUUUGAUCAAUAGGUCUAAGGAAGGUGGAUGCGAUCCGCUCCUGAAGAAUCCAAACAUCCCGCAAAGCAUUCAACCUGUCGCAACAUAACAGCGGUAACAGUGCCACAAUUGAUAACUCCUACAAGAAACAUCAUGCAGCUGCUAUAGAGCGCCUUCGUCGUAGUGUAAACCAUCUCCACGGAAUCAGCUACAACUAUGUGAUUGCUUGUGCAAGUAGAAGAGGGGAAGAGGGGUCGAUGCAGAAUGUGCAACAACGGUUUCCAUCUCGAUCAUCAGCGUAGAGCGCAGAAAAUAUAAAUAUGUAAAAACAAGUGUAGGAAGUAUGAAUUCACUUAAUUACUCGCAGCUUUUUUACUUCCUUUUUUCCUUUAUUUGUAUUUUCCUGGAUGUUCAUCAAACUAAUCUAAAAACGGUUCGUUUACGUGUGUAAUUCGGACUAUGAGUAUUGUAUAGUUCUUUUUUGAAUAUUACUUAUUUCUUCUUUUGUAAACUUAAUAUAGUCAAGGAAUUUAUUGUUGUGGAUAUAGAAUAAAGUUAUACAUAUGCAA